CCCUCCUGAAUGAGCUUGUGCUUGCACUCUGCAUUUCACGGAGAAGAAACAAAACUCUGAAAUCUGAAAGAACAAACUGCAAAUAUGUCCUGCGCUGCGACGGUCUUAAACUCUCCCAUAUUUUCUCCAAGAGUUUCCUCAAUCCUCUGCAAAUCCUCGGCUUCCUGCUCUUCUCCUAGGGUCCUCCAUGGCCUACCACCAACCCCAUCACGAUCAUCGUCAUCGUCAUCUUCAGCGCCACCACCACCAUCCCCAUCUCCAUCGUCACCCUUUUCGGUCCGCUUUAAUAAACAGAUAAAUGGGACAAGUAGUAGCAAGAAGGAAGCUUUGGGUUCGGUUGGGGGUGCGGUUUCGAAGAGGAAGAGGCCGGCGAUGCUUGAUAUUCCGCUGGUGCCACUGAGUUUCGGCGUUGAUACGCCUAAAGGUGCGGAGAGUGGAGCGGACGUGUUGGACGUUGAAGAUGAUGGGUAUGCGCUUUACUGUAAGAGAGGAAGGAGGAGAAUGAUGGAGGACCGGUACUCGGCUGUCGUUGAUUCUCAUGGAGAUUCUAGACAGGCUUUCUUUGGUGUUUUUGAUGGACACGGGGGUGCAAAGGCUGCUGAAUUUGCGGCCCAGAACAUGGGGAGGUAUAUAAUGAAUCAAUCGAAAAAGAGAUGUGGGGAGGAAAUUGUGGAAGCAGUUAGAGAUGGUUACCUCACCACCGAUGCCGAAUUUUUGAAGAAGCAUUUUGGGGGUGGUACUUGCUGUGCGACUGCAUUGAUACAAGAAGGUGAUCUUGUGGUCUCAAAUGUUGGUGACUGUCGUGCGGUUAUGAGCCGAGGAGGAAUCGCCGAGGCCCUCACAUCUGAUCACCGGCCAUCUAGGGCUGAUGAAAAAGAACGAAUUGAAACCCUGGGUGGCUAUGUGGAUUGUUACCAGGGUUUUUGGAGAGUACAGGGGUCUCUUGCUGUAUCAAGAGGAAUUGGAGAUCGACAUCUUAAACAAUGGAUUACGGCAGAACCAGAGACCAGAGUCAUAAGGAUUGAGCCUGACUGCGAGUUCUUAAUUCUAGCAUCUGAUGGUCUUUGGGACAAGGUUAAUAAUCAAGAGGCAGUAGAUGCGGUUCGCCCUUUGUGCAUGGGAGUAGAGAAGCCGGUGCCGGCUUUUGCUUGUAAAAGGCUCGCUGAGCUAGCAGUAAUAAGAGGCUCCACUGAUGAUAUAAGCGUGAUGAUAAUCCAAUUAGGCCAUUUUGAUUCAUAAUUUAUGUUCAGUAUGGAAGAAGCUCAGAUGAAGAUGGGUGACUUAUAGUUGUUCCUGCAAGUGUUUUUUUGGAGAAACUUGCAGCUUAAGGAAGCUUGUCCUUAAACCUCUGCUAGGAUUGCCGGAGAAAAACAGUAUAGAUCUUAGUAUAUUAUGCCUGCACGGUUGCACCUUUCUCCCAUUUCUUGAAUAGCUUGUCUGCUGGGAUCGCCCCUGCAGUAGAAAUAUAAAACAUAGACAUCUAUUCAAACUGAAUAGAAGCUUAUUUAACUUCAUAUUCUGGUGAAAGUACUACAUAUAGCAUAUUUCUCUCUAUGUAUAACGGCAUAUACAGUAUUAACAUAUUAAUUUUACUUCUCGUUUCAUUAA